AUGGAUCCAGACUACACCCUCGUCGAUCGCGACCUCGAUGACGUCUUGUCAGGCGACGAAGGCAGCACCGUCCCAUACCUACAACAGCCAUCAGGGCUCAGUCCCCUGCCCGGCGACGUCGACAUCGGUCUGCGCCAUGUGUGGUUCAGUAUACCAGUCCAGGCGGAGGAGAAUGCGGCCAAAGGAGGUGACAUUACGCAAAACCAAUCCAUGGUCGAAAACGGAUCACCGAAAUCCCGAACCCUCGCGCCCUCGAGGCAACACCCGACAAACCCCCACAUACUUCGACUGAUAUACGGCAACCACUCAAGGUACACCCAACACGUCCAAGGCGACAAUGACUUUUACUAUUACGCGUUGGAUACGUUGAGCUUUGCCGCCAUCGUGACCACGGAGAACUUCGACCCGUUUCGGCCCAGACACUGCGACGAUGUCAACGACAUCCCGUUUCGACAUCUGCGGGAGACUCUCGUAACCGACGUGUUCGUUAGGUCAGAGGAAGAAGGAUGGGAGAAGGAGGUGACUGGGAGGGUAUUGCUCAACCUAUGGACGAUGCUUGCAUCGGUGGAUGAGAAACGACACCGUCAGGUUAUGAAGUUGGCGCGGCAGAAGGCCAAUGCUGACCAUUUCUUACGUCUCUGCGGCGCACCACCGAGGUGCCCUCCGAUGGGCUGUAGCUGGUUUGACCAGUUGGUGGACAACUUCGCGAAAAGCGUCCACGGCCCAGCCACCAAGCUUCUCGACAGUCAUGCGGUCGUGUACCUUCUGCGGUCCUGGACAAUUGUCGUCAAGAGAGGGAAGGGCAAUGGUCAUCUUUCGAUGGCAUACCGUCCUAUCCCGGAUGAAACGGCCAGUCAGGGCGAAAAUUGGAGCGUGAAUCUGUGCCCUGCAGAGAGUAGAGCUGUUGCCUCUCGCGCGACCAAGAUUCCUCGCGUGGACGUGGACCCGUAUGGGCAUCUACGCCGCCCUCUGCUUGGGAUCGAUGAUCUGCAUGAUCUCUGCCUGGGUAUCUUCAGCAGCAGAAUGUACGAGUGUCUUCCGUCGGGUUUGAUGGACAUUGAAUGGGCGGGCGGUGUUUAG